UCCAUAUAAACACACACUUAUAAGUUAUACCCUCUCACUCCAAUUCUCUCUCUCACACUUUGACAUACUCUCUGUGUCCCUCUCUUUCUUCGUUGCCAUGGAAGAGAAACAAUUCCACUUGGAUGAAGCCUACUACGGCCCUUCAAUCCCACCACCAACCCGAUCCUACCGCCGCCAUCGCAGUGACGACUGGUGCGACGACUGUGGCAGCUGUUGCUGCCUUAUUAGCUUCCUUUUACAACUCAUUGGCUUAGUUGUUGUCACUAUAGCACUUGUGUUCCUCAUCUUCCACCCCAGCAAGGUUAAGAUCCAUGUCACUGACGCCUCACUUACACUGUUCAACUUCACCACCACACUCAACUACAAUCUCGCUCUCAACAUCACUAUCAGAAACCCCAACAAAAUGAUUGGCAUAUACUACGAUAGUAUCGAAGCCAGUGCAUUCUUUGGGGACCGGUGGUUUGGUUCAGUGUCUCUGACACCGUUUUACCAAGGCCACAAGAACACGACGGUUCUUGGUCCUGUGUUCGAAGGGCAACAAUUGGUUUCGCUUGGGGCUAGUGACAGUUCGGUGUUUAAUUCAGAGAAAAGUGCUGGGGUUUAUGAUAUUAACGUUAAGCUCAAUCUCAGGAUUAGGUUUAAGUUGGGUAAUUAUUUAAAGACAUGGCGGAUUAAGCCUGAGAUCAAGUGCGACUUGAAGGUUCCUUUGAUUUCUAAUGGAGAAUCUAGGCCUGGGACGUUUGAGGCUACAAAGUGCCACACCAGUUUCUGAUCAUUUGAAUCUUAUUCAUGUUUGAUUGAGUCUUUGAUUAUGUUUUACUAUCAUAUAUCGAUGAGGGUCUAGGUUAUUUUCCUAGUGGAUGAGGUAUUCAGAUGAUUAUAUAUAUAUAUAUAUAUAUAUAUGAUUAUUGUUUCAU